AUGGCAUUUCGCGGUGUUUGUGCUUGCCGCACAGUUGGGGCACCUUUCGGCGUGGUGCUUGUUUGUAUUUUUCACGGUGUUAAAUGGCCAGGCCUCACCCAGAGCGAUGGGUCCCGUCUCCGCAGUGGCAUGAGGGCGUUUGGUUCAGCUGGGCACGUUGGCUCUUCGUUGCGGAGGUGUGUUUUUGUGAGCGUCCCGCGGGUUGGCUUCACUGAGCGGAGGUUUGUGUUUGCGCCCCCGCACUUGGGCGAGGUGGCAGACUUUUUUUUUCUUGCACCAGUGGAGGCGCAGGCAAUGGGAAGCAUGGGGGGCAACCACAUGCCUCGGUUUGAGGGAAAACUCUGCAGCUCCGCAGAGGGCACGCCACGGCCAUGUCGAGUUCCCUCCCACUGUGCAGCAGCUGUGCUUUAG